AUGAAGGUGUAUAUUGAGGAGGAGCUGUCAAAGGAGUUCAUUAGACCAUCCACCUCACCUGCGUCAGCUAGUUUCUUCUUUGUCAAGAAGAAAGAGGGAGGUCUCCGGCCAUGCAUCGAUUAUUGCAGUCUAAAUGAGAUGACAGUCAAAUUCCGGUACCCUCUACCUCUAGUUCCAGCAGCUCUAGAACAACUCCGCACUGCUAAAUAUUUCACCAAGCUCGACCUUCACAGUGCCUACAAUCUUAUUCGCAUUCGGGAAGGAGACGAGUGGAAGACGGCUUUCUCAACAACAUCAGGGCACUAUGAAUACCUCGUCAUGCCGUUCGGCCUGGUAAACAGUCCUUCAGUCUUCCAAGCUUUCAUCAACGAUGUUUUCCGGGACAUGCUGAAUCGGGGGGUCAUAGUCUAUAUAGAUGAUAUCUUGAUCUAUUCGGAUACCCUGGACUCACAUGUGCAGCACGUGCGGGCUGUACUUAAGAGGCUUAUUGACAACCAGCUAUAUGCCAAGAGGGAGAAAUGUGAGUUCCACCAGACAGUUACCUCUUUUCUUGGUUACAUCAUUAGUGCUGAGGGGGUAGCUAUGGAUGACAGGAAGGUACAGUCUGUGCUCAACUGGCCUCAACCGACGACGGAAAGGAACUGCAGCGCUUCUUGGGCUUUGCAAACUUCUAUAAACGUUUCAUUCGGGACUUCAGCACCAUUCCAGCACCUCUCACCUCCAUGCUAAGGGGAGGGAAGCGUAGGCUUCUUUGGUCACCAUCAGCCACUGGGGCUUUUCAGCGACUAAAGGAACGCUUCACCUCCACGCCCAUUCUUCACCAUCCUGACCCUGAGGUGGAGUUCUUCGUGGAGGUGGAUGCUUCCAACACUGGCAUCGGAGCUAUACUCUCUCAGCGGCAGGGUAAUCCUUCCAAACUCUUUCCCUGUGCCUACUACUCUCGGAAACGCAACUCGACGGCACAAAACUAUGAUGUGGGAGAUCGAGAACUUCUAGCCAUAAAGGCAACCUUGGAGGAAUGGCGUCACUGGUUGGAGGGGGCCAAACUUCCCUUUGUUUUUCUGACGUAUCAUCGCAACCUCGAGUACCUCAGAGCGGCCAAACGACUCAAUCCACGGCAGGCUAGAUGGUCUCUCUUCUUCACACGUUUCAAUUUCAAGGUAACCUAUCGUCCUGGAUCAAAGAAUUCUAAAGCUGAUGCGCUCUCCAGGCAGUUCGAGGAAGAUCAGAUCCCUC